CGCCGUCAAUCUGAUACGGGUCGUCGUCGCGUUUGGACGGCAACAGAACAGAACCAGCGGCAGCCCGGCAACUGGAGCAUUCAAUUUUCCACGUUCAGUCGAGGAAGUUUUCACGCGCAAGUUUUCCAACGGUUAAGGCGUUCUGUUGAAAUUAUUUUGUGCCGGUUCUUUUGGUUUUUUUUUUGUUAUCAGAUUAUUCCAAAUCGAUCAGAAGUGGAGAUUUACUUUCGAUAACCGCAUCACAAUGCUUCUAACUAACCCCGAAUACAAAUCAGUAUAUUUCAACAAACCCAGUAGCAAUGUGACGAAGAACCGCUUUUAA